GGCAAGCGAGUCAAACAAUUCCGAGGAGUAAAAGAAACGAAAACACAAAAAUAAAAGAAAAGGGUAUGCUUUUAUCGUUAGGUAACCUAACGACUAUCUCUCCGGCUCUUCUGCCUUCUCAACGGAAACAUCAGAAUCUUCCGGCCACUUCGGCACAGGAAUCCUGAUAGCUUUUUGCAUCUUGGGACCAUAGAUAAGAUGUGCCAUCAAAAUUCCUGUGUACAUUUGUCGGUAGAAGAGGCAACUGCAGCCGAAGAGAGUCUGUUAACAUAUUGCAAGCCUGUUGAGCUAUACAAUAUUCUUCGCUGCCGUGCUUUACACAAUCCUUCAUUUCUUCGAAGAUGUUUGCAUUACAAAAUACAAUCCAAGCGUAAAAGGAGGUUGAAGGCUGAAAUUGUAAUUUUCAACUAUAGGGACUGCAACAACAUGCUACGGAAGACUGAAGUGACUGAGGACUUCUCUUGUCCAUUUUGCAUGAUGGAAUGUGCAAGCUUUAAGGGUCUGCGGUCUCAUUUGUGUUCUUCACAUGACCUAUUCAACUUUGAGUUCUGGGUAACUGAAGAAUACCAGGCAGUGAAUGUCUCUGUGAAGAUUGAUAUGUUGGGAUCUGAGACUGUAGCUGCUGGGGUGGAGCCAAAAUUGCAAACAUUCUUGUUUUGCUCAAGGCCACGAAAGCUUAGGCGAAAGGACCUUGAUCAAAAUGAAAAGCGUGUUAAUAUACAGUUCCUGGAGAUGGACUCACCUAGACCAGUUGGGGAAGGCAUUCACAAGGGAUUUUUGGAGAAGGAUGAUGAUGUUCAAUCCUGUAAAGGUGAGAAGGUUUCGAAGUCAUUCCCCAGUGAAAAAGAAAUGCCGAAUGGAAGGGUUGGAGGAAACUAUGGUCCUGAUUAUCCUGGUGCCAUUGGGUGCAUAGAGCGCGUUGCGUCCAGUCCUAAUGUUCCUGGUGUUUCAAUUGCCAUGGCUCAAUCCUCUGGGGACCCUGAAUGUGUUAAAUCGCUAUUUGGAAGUGAUCCUACGGUGCCUGUUAAAUCAAGGAAAUUAAGCGUGGAGCGGUCAGACCCUAGAAACCGUGCACUCCUACAGAAGCGACCAUUUUUUCACUCUCAUAGAGUUCAGUCUAUGGCAUUAGAUCAAGUACUUUCGGAUCGGGAUAGUGAAGAUGAAGUUGAUGAUGACAUUGCAGAUCUUGAAGAUCGAAGGAUGCUUGAUGAUUUUGUGGAUGUUACGAAAGAUGAAAAGAAGCUUAUGCAUCUUUGGAACUCACUUGUGAGAAAGCAAAGGGUGCUGGCUGAUGGUCAUGUUCCCUGGGCUUGUGAGGCAUUCUCAAAGCUUCAUAAACAAGAGCUGGCCUCAUCUCCAGCUCUCUUUUGGUGUUGGAGAAUAUUUAUGAUCAAACUUUGGAAUCACGGUCUUCUUGAUGCCUGCACAAUGAACAACUGUAGUAUAAUUCUUGAAAAAUGCCGAGAUGAGGGAUCAGAUGCUAUGAAAAGCUAAAGAGCAGAUGAUUUAACUUCUUCAACUUUAAAGAGAAUGAAGAUGAUAGGGUGAAUGUUUACACUAUUCUUGCUUUUUAUAUGUCAAUCAUUAUUUGAUUUGACCAUAAAUGGAAUUCAUAUUCUUUCACGCACAGAAGAGGGGGAACUUUGGGGACUUUCCUCUUUAAGCGCUGUAUUCUUAUUGAGCCAGCCUCCCUUUGUUUAAAUUUAUCAAGGAAAGAAGUUUAGACUGUUAAAAACAA